AUGCAGGGGUGGACCAGGCUGAUGCAACUGAAUCACUUCCACCCGUAUGACUAUAAGGCAGAUGUGGCGCAACGAGCCAGGGCGAACUACUUUGGCUCGUUGUACAAGCAUAUUGAUCGUUGCUGGACUGAGGAUGCCAAACGCAUUCCUACCCUUGUUUCCAUGGACAUGAUUGGCAAGGGCGGCAAUGCCGAAAAUGUUGUGUCUGUGUUCAACGAUGGCGGCGUAAUAUUGCACAAGGGUCGCAACUGCCCUUCCGCAGAGACACUGGGCGCUUUCCACUCUCUGCGAGCUGGCGAACGGAGGGAGAAUCCCGUCUGGAGCUUCAACAUCCCAAAUGAUCAAAUACAAUCCAUGGUUUUUGUGGGUCCGAUGAAGCGAGGGGUGAGGAUUGAACUGAGUUCGGAUCCCAAUGCGUUUGCCCAGCACAGUCAAUUUCUAGUGACGUUGAUCCGUGAUAUCAAGCGUGGAGAUCGCAUCUGUGUCCCUCAAAUCGAGGAAUCCAAAAACACCAAUGACUGGGUUGGUCGUUUCCGCAGGCACGAAGGCGACAACGAUAACUAUCUUGAGUAUCAAGUCUCUCGUAUUAGAUUGGAGGUUCCAUCUUCUAACUUGAACGACUUUUACUCCAAGGUAAUGAGAGGUUUGCAGUGGACCCCUCGAUUCAACUCCAAGACACACUACCACGGUCUUUCCAAGAACCUUGCUGGUCCCAUGAUUGGUAUGCGUUGUCUUGGAAAGCGAUGCGAUAGCAAGUUCAUUCUUCAAGCUGAUACGGCUUCUCCAUGCCAUGGUUGGCAUGACAAUUGGGUUUCCAAGUGGUUUAGUGAGGAACACCGAGACCAAAUGCGUUGUCCUAGUGGCCAGUUUAUGCGUCGACUCCAAUGCAGGGAGAAGUAUUGUGAUGACAUGAGAAUCUACUGUUUCAAGCCCAACAAUAGUUGCAAAGUAGGGGGGUCACAGACCUCGCAUUUCUGGAUCGACGAGAGCGGCAGUGGUGGACGCUGCAGCCCCGGAGCAGUAAUCACGGGCAUUCAAUGCCACGGCGACCUACUGUAG